ACCGUUUCUAUGGCAACCGAUAAACUGUCUAACAAAUCAACAGGCAUUUUUUUUGUUUUUCCGCUUAUAUUGUUCACCAUUUCUUUUUGUUGUUACCUUUAUUUGCCGCAUUAAAUAAUUAGAUCUAGUUAAAUAUGGAGGACGAGGAGGAUCCGUUCGAGGGGAGUAUGGCGGUGGGCUCCGAGACUACAGAGGCAGAAAGGGAAUUUGUGAAGAUUCUGGAUCAAAUGAGAGAAGCUGAAAACUUGAAAUUAUAUUCCGACGUGUACACAAAACUGUACGAUUCCUAUUUCAAAAUUAAAGACGAGAAUUUUGGCCAUAUCGAGGAAAUAAACGCUCUGAAGACAAAGCUACAGCGUUUCGAUGACACGGUAUCUGAUUACAUUCAAGAAAUAACUGAAGCGAACAAAACCAUCGAAAGAUUGAGAGCGGACAUCGAGGAAGCUCGAGCACUGGCAGACGCGAUGCACGCCCGUGAGCUUCUCAGCGUCGAGAGCUUGGAGACAAUGAAGAAAACUGUCACAAGACUCGAGAAGGAGCUAGACGCAAGGAAAAGGGCCGGUGACGAUGAUGCAGGUGCAACAUCGGCAGUGAAAGAGAAGGAAAAGUUUGAGAAAGAGAAGGCUAGACUUCAAGGGGAAUUGGACGGGGUAAAGCUAAGACUGACGAACGCCCUGAGCUAUCAAGAGGAAUUGGAGCAAAGGAACACUAGCGCAGAAGAAACCAUCGCAAAGUUAGAGGAACAACUUGAGGAAGCCGACAAUAAUGCGGUGCGUCAGAAUCGUCUCGUGGAUCAUCUUAAAUCGGAGAGCGACACGCUGAAGUCUGAAGUCGAACGCAGAGGCGUGAGCAUAGGGAGCCUUAACGAUAAGAUAACGAAAGCAGAGAGGAUGCUAGAAAGACGGGACAAGCAGCUCCGCGAUCUGACGGCGAGGUUGGAGGCGGCUCAGCUUGAGCAGGAGGCUGCUUCCGCGAAGGCGACGCAGCUGAGAGAGCAACUGGACAAUUUGCACAUCGAGUUCGACAAGAACAAACAGGCUUUGACCAACACUACCAAAGAAUUGAAGAACAUGAUCGACGAUGGUAACAGACUGCGCGCCGAGCUUACGAAGCUCACGAAGCAGGCCGUGCAGCAGAUGAAGAAGUACCAACUCCUCGAGCAAAAUAAAGCGAAUGUAGAAUCUGAGAGGGAGAGACUACGUCAGCAAGUGAGUGUAAUGGAGCGAGAGAUAAUGCUGAGCAAGAAACAAGCAGAGUCCGACAAAAGAGAAAUAGAGAACUUGAACAGGGAGAAGGAUAUAAUGAACAAGAACAUGCAGAAGAUACAGAACGAGGCAAUGGAGAACUUGCAAAUGUUGAACCUCCAGGAACAGCGGCGGAAGCAGCUGGAACACGAGCUGGAGAUAAACGCGACCCAGAUCAACAAGCAACGUCUCAUCAUACGACAACUAGAAAAAGAUAAAGACAGGAUGCUAGAAGAGACCAUCGCCCUCAACGAGAAAAUAGAUGAAAUAUCCGAGGAAGUCCGUCUUCGGACUGCAGACAUAUUAGACCUGAAGAAGGCUCUCCGCGAGGAGUCGUUGAACGCUCGCAAAUUAUCCGUGGCGCUGGACGCGACGCGCGCCGAGCGGAACAUGCUCCACAAGAACUACACGGAAGCGCUGGACGAAAUACAGGACUUGAAGCAGAAACUUAAGAUGCUGGCUUAUCAAAUUGAGCAACUGAAGGAGGAUAUCAGCGGGAAAGAAGUCGGUCUCAAAACUUGCGAAGGGACGCUUUCUAAAUGUAACAAAAAGAACGAGCAACUACGCGCGGAGGUCCAGAACGGUCAGGCCAAAUUGGCGGAGGCCAGAGUCGAGAUAACGGCGCUGAAACAGGAGGAAGCCAGACUAAACAGGAUCGUACAGGAAGGUGACGCGGCAAGGGCCAAGCUGAUGAAGGAACUCGAAGGGCUAAUGAACGAGAGGGACGUGGUCGGAGCACAGCUGGUCCGGAGGAAUGACGAGAUCGCGCUACUGUACGAGAAGAUUCGGAUCUUAGAGGUCACGCUGCAACGGGGGGAAAGACAAUACGAACAGAGAGUGGAGGAUAUAAGAUUGCUGCGCUUGGAAAUAAUAAGACUUCGUAAGGAGAAGAAUCUGUUGUCGAAGGGAAUCGAGAACAUGACGGACUUGAGGCUUGAGGUAUUCAAUUUGGAACGUGAGCUCGGCAGGGAGAGACUUCGGGUGCGGGCCCUGGAGGAGGCUCUGGAGACUCCGCUGAACGUGCAUCGCUGGAGGAAGCUACAAGGAACUGACCCCGAGAGUGUGCAACUUACACAGAAGCUCCGCCUCACGCAAAAGAAGGUAUUAGCCCAAAGCGAAAUGUUGGUACUGAAAGAUCGCGAACUGAAAGAGACCAGGAAUUUAUAUUCUGCCGUCAAGGACAUGCUGGCACUGCAGCCUAGUCCGGAAAUACAGCAAACAUUAAACAGAACACAGAGGGCGCUGGCUCAGCGAACAUCUAAAAUGAAGUGUCUCAUUGCUGAACUAAGCAUGCGCGAGAAACAAGCGACAGACCUUCGUCUGGAAUUAGACCGUUUGAACGCGGAUCUUCAAUCGUACAAACAGAAAUACUACGAGUUGAAGCGGGCACUCGACGCAGACGAAGCGAGAAGAUUAAAAGUUCCGACGCCCGUCACAACUCCUGCUGCGCCGAUUUCAUAAUUCGAAAAUCAUUAAUUCUUAAUUGUCAUCAUUCAUUGUCUUGUCGUGAAUUAUUUAUUGUCUCUAUUGGUAUUUUUCGAGCCUUCCAUGACAUUAAUAGAUUGAGGAAACUUUCAAAAAUCGCAAUUAAUGUUGCCCGUUUUAAAAAUACUUGUUAAUGGCGAUCGUCCAUAAACCAAACUUUUGUAGACAGUCGGGAAUGAAAAAUUAAACUAAGUAAGCCAGUUUUCCUCAUUUAUAGGAUAAAUCGAACUAUCCUAAUCUUAAUCACAUUCGUACUCUCAAUGACUUAAGCCGAAUGUAAAAUGCAGAUGGAGUGUCAGGAGCUUCUUGUAGCCACAUCACUGUUCCAUUUCAUACAAAAUGUUCUACAUCUAUGUACAUUUAUUUUAGCACUAAGCUUCGUCUGGAAUCAUGAAAUCUGUUAAAAUAUAAUAAUAUAGUAAUCAUGGACAAUGAUAAUGUCACGGGCACAGCAUGUAUACAGUUAAUGUUAUUUGUUAAACAUGUUUUGUACCCUUUAUUCAUGUAACGAAAUGCCAAAAUUAAUUAGUUUAGGGGCAUCUGUAUUGAAGGUGUGUCUGAUCUCUUGGACCAAAUGUUUUUAUGUUAAAUAUCAGAUUGUUAUUGUGAUAAUUUUAGUUGGAAUGUUUUCUAGUGUUAAAAUAUUUUUAUUAAAUUUAUAUUACAUU